ACAUACAAUGUAAGUUCAACAGAGUGAAAGCAUAUCCCGUGCUGGGAAAGGACAGCAGGAUGAGUACAAGUCUGGUCUUUGCGUGUUAUUUCCUCUCCGUGUUCAUCUCGACAUGUCGAUGUGGUUACAGGGAUGCAUUGGUAGUUUCUAUUCCUACUUUUUAUGACGACAGUUUAAACGCUAGCACGACGAUUGACACCUUGGAAAGUAUCCGUAACGUUUUGUCUUCCGACCUCCAACAUGCGGAUGAAAACCUUGAGGAAUCUUUGUUCGAGACUGGCAGUAUGAUCGAUAACAUUAUCAUCAAGUACGGCCAGACCCAGCUCGACAAUGCUAGCAUGUUGGAUAUAGCGGUAGGUAAGUAAAACACGUGUUUGGAAGGAUAACAGAACAUGCGGAAAUACGUGCUCCCUGUUACAUACUAGUAUUCAACGCUGGAGAAGACUUAAUUCUGAUAAGAACAAAGAAAAGAGGUAAAAUAUGUUAGACAAGAAAAUAGAAACUUUUGACGAGAAUUGCAAAUUUUAACGGUUGUUGUACAUAUAUGUAUAAUUAUAUUCUACAAAAAAAGUUGUUUACUUAUUGUAAAACAUUCGAAUGAAAAAAUGUUUUGAGGAUGAAAGUCAUCCUGUGUUGGGGACAUUUUACUGUUCGGUGAGUUGAGCUCAAGGUCCCAAUUAUGCAUACAUUGCUUUGCUGAGAGAUAUGAUUGUUUUAAUUAAUCACGACAAUUGGCCGGAAUAUAGUGGAUAUAUAUUGUACUAACCUAUUCCACUCACUUAGUCUUUGAUUUAAGGAAAAUGAUAGUUCUAAAAUAAUAUAUAAGUAAUAAUAUACUAUGCAAAUUGGUUUAUAAAUGAACCUUUGUUCGUUGAUAUUCUAACACAUAUCCAAGCUUUAAGUAAUGCUAGAGAUUGUUACAUGAUUCUGUAAUUCCUUACUAUCGUGAUAGGUCGAAAAACCGUUUUCAAUGUGAACACGUGCUUUUCUUUAAAAAUUAAUUUGAGACAGAACUGGUAAAGUUGGUAGAAGUCAUGCUUGAUGUCAUCAGCUUCCUAACGUGCACAGCCAACAACCCUACCGACUGUUCCAUCGACAGCUCUAAGUCAAUGGGGUAUGUGAACACCACCGAGGAGCGACUUCUACAGUUCAUGACGAUCGUAAUUAACAGUCAGUACUCACAGAAUGAGAUAGAGAUUAGCGAAGGCAAUAUUGUGAUAGCAACAAUCAAGAGUAAAGGGGAUGUAUUGGACAAGAUGGUAACUAAAUAUAGUAGCACGCUGGACAUCCCUUACGUCAGACCGGACGCUGUCCAGUACAACGACCAGGAACUAUUACUUUAUGUUCUUUCCUACAACAUCAAUAAGUAUACAUACGUAGACAACCAACGCAUGAUCAACACGGGAACAACUCGUACGGUAAUACGGGACAAAGAUGGCGAUUUCAUUGACCUUUACAGUGGGGAUGAUCGACUUGAGAUGGUGGUCGAUGCAAACAACGUAAUGAACGAUCCGAGCUUUUGGGAGAACAUAACUAACGUGAACAAUAACAACGAAUUCUUUCUGAAUGCCUCCUUUCAAAACAAUGUGGACGGGGCGUUGAUGAAUGUUCGCAUUAAGAGCAUCAUGCCGUGCGUGAUGAAAGGAUACGAUGCAGAUCUGAAUGCCAGCAUCGACAGCCAGACACCAGUGGUAGACCUACUGAUUGACGGGGGCAGGGACCUCACCAUCUUCGAUAAACCUGCAAAUUUGAAGAUUGAGUAUCGAGGGCAAGAUCUAUCGAUUACCUUCCUUCCACCUGACAGUAAUCUGGAUUCUAUGAUCUCACUCGACAUGUAUUUUCAAUGCGAAGUUUGUCUCGAGAGGGCGCAGAUGUCGUUCAUCAUUGUGAAAUCUGAACUCACCGAACAGGACGACUUCGACAUAGCAAUUAAUUUUGUCAAAAAGAUGAUCAGUGUUGUGAAUAAUACCCAGUUUUCUCUUCAUACAUUUGAAACGGUAUUCCAAACAGUGUUUUCGUUUGGAGAUGGCGUAACAUCAGAGUCUCAAGUAAACAGUUAUAUUGGAGUGAUUUCCACACCUUCCUCGAGUAUAUCAAUUACCACAAGUAUCUUGGGGACCACAACUACCGAAAGUGCGACAACCUCCACAAUCGACCCAAAUGCAACGCUGGUCUUGGACCCUGUACGUAUCGACACCGCACUGUACAAUAUGACGUCAUACUUAUCAACAAACGCUGACUGGUCAAAACAGCAGAUAGUUCUAGUGAUAACAGACGGUCAGUUUGGUCUGAAUGAUAGUAUGAUUUACCCUGCACUUAACGGACUUCGCAGCAUGAACGUCACCAUAAUGGCUGCGGGUUACGGGUUAAAAUCAAGAGAUGAUAUCAAAUCAUUGGUUAACUUACCUACCAAUUGGUACAUAUUCUGGCUCACCAGGGAUCCGACAGCUGAUAUUGAAACAAGUGAUUUAGAAGAGUUUAUGAGCUCCUUCUGUUACGGUUCUUAUGGAAAUCUGGCUUUUAAUGCAGUACGAUUUGGCCGUGUGUCAGCUCUUAUGCUCAACGAGACGACCAAUCGGUGGCAUAUCUCGGAAAACAUCAAGAUGAGUGAUAUAUCCAUGGCUUCCUCCACAGUGACGUUUAAAAGUAACUUUCUUGGCACGUUUGGUUCGAAUGUGUUUGUAAUCCCACCGGAUGUGAUAAACUUUGAUACGCUUUUCGUUGACUUUGCCAGUAAGCUAGAGGACACGCCGUAUGUUCUGGCAGUUAAUGUGGGAUGCCUCAGUCUGAUGGUUGUAUUAAUGAUUUUCCUUAGAUAUUUCGACAGCAAGGAUUUGUUAAAGUGGGAAUACCUUCCUUUAAAGAACAAUCCGCGCCAGGCUCGUUACUCGUACUAUUUGUCUUUUUACACGGGGUUUUGGUCCAGUAGUCGCCUUUCGUCUACGGCAUUUAUCAUACUCAAAGGCUCCAAAGGGAUAACAGGGGCCAGAGCAGUCAAGGACGGGAAACGCAAGAUGUUUGAACGCUGGACGCUUGGCAACUUUUUGUUGACCACCGACCGAGAGCUAGGGCAACUAUCGGAGAUUAAAGUAUGGCAUGAUGAACAAGGGGACUCUCCCAGCUGGUACCUAGAAAAGGUGCUCGUCUAUGAUCAAUUCAACGAUGAAAAGUACGCGUUCCUGUGUGGACAAUGGCUAGCCCCGGAUAGGGACGACCGUAAAACAAGAAGAACGCUCUAUGCUGCUAAGGCAGAACUGAAGGACGGCAGUAUUUUGUUUGGAAGUAACACAAGAUUCAACCUGUUCGACGACUAUCUUUGGCUUUCACUGCUUAGCAGGCCUUCAGCUAGCCGUUUUACAAGAGUUCAACGCUGUGUAUGUGUGUUUUCCAUGCUGUUUUUAUCCAUGCUAGCGAAUGCGAUGUGGUACAGAACAUCACAAGGAGUUCAGACUUAUGGGAUUCACCUUGGACCGUUCAGUCUCACCUACAAGAAUAUUUACGUUGGUUGUAUGGCAAGUUUGGUGACAUUUAUUCCAGGAUUUCUUAUUGCGUGGAUAUUUAGGAACCGCAAAGUAAAAGUCGGCAAAUCCUUUAUGGAACAGAAUACGAAGGAAGUGAUGAAUGAAGGUUUCUUACCUUGGUGGUUUAUCUUCAUUGGAUAUACCAUAGCAAUGAUGUGUAUGUCUUCUGGUGCAACCUUCACCUUUUUCUAUAGUAUUGAAUGGGGUCGAGAUACCACGCUCGAAUGGCUAGGGUCUUUCACUUUCGGAACAAUGCAGGGAAUCAUGUUCUUAGAUCCACUCAAGGUGGUAUUUCUUACCUUGAUGGUAGCAUUUUUCUGCAAGAAAUAUGCCAAGAAAGAUCUGGAAUGUAUGGCGCCGGUACUUGUGGAGAACGAUGCAUCUGAAGACAGAAUUGAACAAGAUGACGAUUUCGUUGACGUUGACGAAAAUAUCUUUGAAGACAAGUCAAACACAACGAAUUACGACAAGAGGGAGAGGGCGCGGUUGUACAAGUUAGUACAGUUAGAUAGAAAACUGUUGUUGUCCGCUCGCGCCCUUCUCAUUCAGGCUGCAUACAUAACUAUUCUAGCGGUAAUAUGUGCCCACAACUCUGUUUGGACAUCUUAUCUUCAGAACAAGUCUUUGGAGAAACGUCUGACUCCGACUUAUCGGAUCAAUUCGACAGACGACAUAUGGGCGUGGCUUCGUGGACGAUUUGCUGACGCAUUGUAUCCAAAACUGUUUUACAAUGGUGAUGUAAGGCUGAAUGAAUCCCGAUAUUACAUGUCCGAUGACGUCAGUUACCGCAUGGGUUUGGCUAGGAUUCGACAAAUGCGUGUUAAAGGGAAGUGCGACAUUCCGUCACUGCUACAGGGUCUCAUAUAUACAUGUCCUCCAGAGUAUUCGGCUGCGAGCAUGGAAAAGACUCACUUUUGUGAAGGUUGGACGGACUAUAAUCCAAAGAAAUGCAACGGCAGUGAAUGGACGUUUAAAGGUGAGGAUGAGAUCGAUUCCAUGUCCAUAUUCGGUGACCAUGAUAUCUAUGGCGGAGGAGGAUAUGUGAAGUUACUCGACCAAUCAGUGAAGGAGAUAAGAAACGAUUUGUACGCCAUGCAAGCCUACGGUUGGAUAGACCGUUUUACUCGACUUGUUGUUAUAGAAUUCGUUGUAUACAACCCAGAUUCCAAACUGUUUUCAUUACCAACGUUAAUCAUAGAAAUGCCUCAAACUGGCGGAUAUUAUCCGACAGUUAGAAUAAAGACGGCACGGUUGUACCCAUAUAUAGACUCGUUUGACUACCUUGUUCUCGGAUUACAACUUCUCUUCCUGGUUGUCACGUUUUGUCGCUUCUUACAUUUGAUUUAUACGACAUGGCAGAUUGGUCGGCGCUGUUUCUCGCAAAUCAGUCAGUGGGUGUACCUCAUCAGCAUCAUGACGUCAGUAGCAGCCAUUGUGUUCUACAUUGUACGCAUAGACAGGACAAUCUAUACUAUAGAAGAAUUAUUUAAUUCAAGCGGCGAGUUCGUGACCUUUGAUAUAGUGGAUGCCAUGGACACUGCAUAUAAGGUGUGUGUCAGUGCGGAGUUGUUUGUGGCAGUGCUGGACUUAUUGCGGCCUCUUACAUUCAAUCACAACAUCUAUUUAAUGAGGACAUCUGUUUCUGUGUGCGCCAAAGAUCUCCUGUCCUUUGGAUUGUGUAUUAUGGUCCCGAUGGUUGGUUUUGCAAUUCUCUGCUUCGUUUGUGUAGGACCGUAUCAAAUGGAAUUUAGGAACUUUGUAGCCGCCUUUAUUACAUUGUUUCGGACGUUAUUAGCAAUGGUCAAAAUUAAGGACACUUUUGGGGAGCGUGACAUCGGUAUCAGCUUUGUCUUUUCAGUUUUUCUAUUUGUUAUGACCAUACUUAUGGUGAACUUUUGUAUCGGUAUCUUAAACAACGCGUUCAGUCAUGUAAAAAACAACAAACCGAUGCAUGCUGAUGUCGAAGUAUACGACAUGGAUCUCCACAAACACUUCUGGCGCAAGAUAAAUGAUAUCCUAAAAAUAUUUGAACGAAAACCGAGAAAAAACAAUUAUAAGGAGGAAGACUUCGCUGGAGUACUUGGUUUGUCAAUGACUCUAGACAAUCAGAUCUUCAAACUUGUGAGUCAUUUGGAGCGUGCCUACCACAACGAAAACAACUUUAAAACGAAAUACAAUGCUAUGGUGAAGAACUUACCCAAAAAAUACCAUAGGAAAACAGGUCCUUUUGGAUACGAGAACACAUUCUACCAGUCGCCAUUCGACGACAUCCAAGAGGAAGGUUACGUCGAUGGACAGUCAGAAGAUUAUAAUUCCGGGGAAGCCUUUGAAACUUCGUUUGAUUAUAUCGUGGAUAGUUAGAAUGAUGAUUUCUUAAAUAACUAUGUAUACCCAUGAAACUACGCUGUCCAUUAUAAUUUAACAAGGUUCAUCCAGUGAUAUUUUACAAGCUGUAUAAAUCACGAUUCUGGUACAAUUAAACAGAAGUAAAUUGACAAAUGGUUAGUAUAUAUGUAUCAUGGCUAACGAAAAGUCUUGCUGUUGACAUCUAAUUUGUUAAACUUUGUUAAAAUGAAAGUUUCAGGAGAACACAGUUAGCUCAUGUGGAUUACGUAUAUUGCAUAAAAUAACCAUGCCUUUAUGCUCACAAGUGUCUUUAGUAGGUAGUGUUAGCUUUCGAUUGUCCGCAAAUAACGAUAUAUUCUAUUUUGACCUUAAAAUCCAAUGGCGGCUGUCAAUAAUACAAACAAUAAUGUCAUAUAGGGAAACAUUUUAAUAAUCGAAAACGUUAUAAUUAGAUACUAUGAAGAAUUUUGAACAUACAAAAUGUAGCAAGAAGCCCAUAUUUAGGAAAGAUAGUUCAACCGCAUCAAUGAAACUUUAUAUGUAUCAGAUUGAUUUUGAAAAAAUAUCUGUUUUAAAAGUCGAUAAUGAUAAAACUAAACUUCUAUGAAAGGUCAGAAAAAAAAUCAGUGCAGGUGUGUACCAUCACUGAUGGAAACUAAACUGGGGGAAACGAAAUUCAAUUUACUCGGUCUUGAUUUUUCAGCUAAGAAAUUGUUAUGAUGAAUUAUUUUUAAGCUCUGAAAAAUAUAAAGAGCAGUAUAAGGCAGUGUUCACGGGGAACUCCAACACCUCUUGGAACGAUAGUAGCAUUUAAAACAAUCGUUAUACCAAAACUAAACCAUCUGUUUAUAUCUAUUCCCCUGACAAUGCCUUCAUACAACAAUUGAAUAAUGUUUUCUUUAAUUUCAUUUGGCAAUCACAAGUUGACAAAAUAAAAAAAAGUACUAUUGUUCAAAAUUAUGCAAAUGGCGGCCUGAAGAUGAAUGCUAUAUCAAAAAUGAUUUUAAGUCUAAAGUCUAGAUGGUUGCGAAGACUACUUAAGAACAGCUGCAAAUAUUGGAUACAUAUUUUUGACACCCUUUCUGCAAAUAUAUCAGACCUUGGUACUGAUUUAAAAAAAAAUGAACUGAUAAUAAUUUUUAGAAAAAUGUUUUCAGAAGCAGCACAGGAACAAGCUUUUCAUGAAUUCUUAAGUCUUCCGAUUUGGUAUAACUCAAAUUUCUGUAUUGAAAACAAAUCUUUUUUUUUAAACAGAAACUUGUUUAACAAUUGUGUCGGAAAUAUGUGAUUGACUAGAUCAGGAGAAUACUUUUUUAUCCUUCAUGUAUUUUAAACAGAAAUGUAUAGAAUCAGAAAACUUCUUGCUUCAUCAGAGUAUAUUCUUAAUGACAGAAAAUACGAUAGAAAGACCAUUUAUACCAAGUCGUAUUUAUAUUUUAUCAAACAAUAGUAAAGGAUGUAAGAACACGUAUACAUGCAAGUGUGAUUAAAAAAACUAAAUGUUGAAUAAAAUCCGAACAAAAAUGGAAACAGCAUGAUGCCAUGAAAAAACAAGAAUAUUUGAUUAAACUAGUAAAAGAACUGAUUUUAGAUUAGAAACAUUACUUUUUGGAGAUACCAGCUGAUUUCCAUUACUUAUUAAUUUCCUUGUACUGUACGUAAUUUUUUUUAUAUAUACUCUGUGUCAAUAAAUAAAGGCAGAGUCUUGAAGGUUAGAAUGAGUUUUUGGCAUUCAAAUAUGUAAUUGAUGAACUAUGGAUUGAAUGGAAAGAUAUGUUCUAAUUUUUUUUUUUACUUCUGUUGUAGUGCACAAAUGGAUAAGUGGGUGAUAGUUUGAUUACAAUCCAGUAUUAUGUAAUCUAAUCAAAGUCACAUUAUGUCAAAUUGAGUGAAAAACUUGUUUUAUUUCCACCUUAUCUACAUAUGUGGUAGACUAUAACUUCCAUUAUUGUAAUUGAUCAAAUUUACAUAAAUAUGUGAAAAAAUAUAAACAUCUAUAUUCUAAAAGCAUGUUCCCUAGCUAUAUAGGUUAUCGGACAUAUAUCCCUACUGGUAUUCAUUUGUGUAUUACAACAAUAGAAUCCAUAUACAUGAUUUCGUAUUUUUAGAUCUUGUAUGUCAACCUAUUUGUGGUGUGAAUGUAUAAUGUGCAUAAUGAUGUGUUUUUAGUUUUUGAUUUUCGUUCUGUUUCUGCCUUGAAAUGUUUUGUUCUCAAUAUUACCUGUACUGAGCAUGUAGUCAUUGAUAAAUUAUAUUACAUUAUUUAGCACUUGAAUUUUUCCUCCUUUUUACACUUGAAAGUUAAAAUAUUUCAAAAUCUACUCAUCUUAUCUUUUGAAACUUGAUAAAACUAAAUUAUCAUGGUAAUUCAAAUGCCCUUUUCAUUGAACAGUUUAUCAAAAGUUACUUCCCCUUACAUAUUAUGGUAGAAUCUAGAGAAUAUGUGUUCUUCAUGCAUAACUUUUUUUUUUAAUUUUUUUAUUUCAGCCUUUUCAACAAUGAUUUUAAUUUCUCAUACUAUAAUAUUGUUCGGGGGUUAAAACCAGCAUGCAGGGCACCCCCCACCUGGCGAUCCCUAUCAACCAUUGUUAAAAAUAUAUUUACGACGUGUAUCUUAAUGAAAAAGUAACAAUAAUUUCAAAAUGUAAAUAAUUUAAAGAAAACUGAUGCUUGUAACUUGAAGUUAUCUUAUAUAAGCCGGCGAGUAGCUACAUAUCUUAAUCAUGAUAUUCUAAUUUGUUUUAAUACAGUUUUAGAUUUGAGAGAGAAUAUAAGGCAUAUUUAAUGUUUACACACAAUGUUUUCGUUAGUAAGCUUAUAUAACGAGCACACAACGGAAAUGUAAAUAUUGUUCUUUGAUUUUUUGUCUCUAUUUAUGGUAUUAAAGAUCCUGUUUCUACUUAUAUAAGGCAUUUUUAUCAGAUGAUAUGUUUUCUUAUUAUAUGAAAGUACGGUUAAGUCAUCACAUGGUAUCAAAACAUGCCUUACUAUGAUAGAUGCAAUGACCUCCAGUUGUUAUUUUGAUCAUAAAAGCUAAUCCAAUUAAA